AUGGCUCUUCUCGUGGACAGAUUGCGUCCCCGAUCUCUUGAUUCACUAACCUAUCAUCCCGAACUCUCAGCACGACUGAAAUCUUUGGCACAAAGUGGUGACUUUCCCCAUCUUCUCGUCUACGGCCCCUCAGGCGCAGGCAAAAAAACCCGCAUAAUCGCAACUCUCAAAGAACUCUACGGCCCCGGCGUCGAAAAAAUCAAAAUCGACGCUCGCGUAUUCCAGACCACCAGCAACCGCAAACUAGAAUUCAACAUUGUCGCAUCUGUAUAUCAUCUCGAAAUCACGCCAUCAGACGUGGGCAACUAUGACCGCGUUGUGGUGCAAGAGCUCUUAAAAGAAGUCGCUCAGACCCAACAAGUUGAUCAAUCAGCCCGGCAACGGUUCAAAGUCGUCGUUAUCAAUGAAGCGGACCACCUGACACGCGACGCGCAGGCAGCUCUGCGUCGCACAAUGGAGAAAUAUAGUCCCAAUCUACGACUCAUAUUACUCGCAAACAGCACAUCGAAUAUCAUUGCGCCGAUCAGGUCGCGAACACUCCUGGUCCGCGUUGCGGCGCCGUCAGAGACGGAGAUUUGUGCUGUGCUCAAAUCGGCCGCGGCAAAGGAGAAUUGGGCGCCUUCUGACGCGCUGAAUAUGAGAAUUGCGAAGGAGAGUGGACGGAAUUUGAGACGGGCUUUGCUUAUGUUUGAGGCUAUAUAUGCCCAGAAUGAGAAAGUAUCCGACAAAACUCCCAUUCCUCCACCGGAUUGGGAGGCGCUCAUCUCUGUGGUUGCGGAUGACAUAAUAGCAGAGCGAUCGCCGGCGAGGAUAUUGCAAGUUCGGGAACGACUUUAUGAUUUGUUGACGCAUUGUAUUCCGCCGACGACGGUGUUGAAGACGUUGACAUUCGUGCUCAUCUCGAAAGUUGAUGAUGCCUUGAAGCCGGAGGUUAUAAAAUGGUCAGCUUUUUAUGAGCAUAGAAUCAAGCUGGGCAGUAAAGUCAUCUUCCAUCUUGAGGCUUUCGUGGCCAAGUUCAUGCGUAUCUAUGAAGGAUACUUGAUGGGAAUGGACUUCUAA